AUGACUCAACAUCCAGAACUGCUUCCUGCAAGAUGCCUGUUGGUUCCUGCGGGAUCUGAGAAAUCCCAAGUGCAAUACCUUAACCUCACUCUUAUGCUUGUUGAAGCCAUGUCAGGACUCCACAUUAACAUGUCUAAAAGUAUUAUCUACCCUGUUAAUGAGGUCCCUGACUUGGAGAAUAUGGCAGACAUCAGGUGCUGCUCAAUUAGAUCUUUUUCCACUGCCUAUUUGGGGUUACCACUGGGUGCUAGUUACAAAUCAGUUGGGGCUUGGAGUGGUAUUGUGUCAAAGUUUGAAAGAAGAUUGACUUCCUGGCAACAACAAUAUCUCUCAAUAGGGGGUAGGGUGCAAAAACAUCUUGACAAGAUUAGGAGAGACUUCCUCUGGGAAGGUAAUAGUAAGGACCACAAAUUCCACCCUGUGAAAUGGGCCAAAGUUACCAGGCCAAAGCAGUUUGGAGGCUUAGGGAUUAAAGACCUGGCAUUACAUAACAAGUGUAUACUAAGAAGUGGCGUUGGAGGUACAAUCAGGAGACAACUGGUCCAUGGAAGGAGGUGA